AGUUUGGUAUUGAGCUCAUAAAGUUACAAAGCUGAACUCAAGUUUAAUAGGUUAGUUUUCUACCGUGCUAAAGUCGCAUAAGGGGGCCAGCUUUAAAACGAGGGCAACCCAAAUUGACCAAGACACCUGAGAUGGACGAAGAUACAGUCAUGUCGGAUGUAGAGGGAGAUGAAGAAAUGCAGCAAGAUGGACCCGGAGAGGAGACGGAGGUACAAGUUUGCUCUUUGACACAAGAAACUACUACUCAGGGGCUGUCUUUACUGUGCCGAACAGGAAAUGGACUAGGACAUACAUUUGUUAAACUGGACCUAAAUCACAAAGGGCUUAAUGACAUAUCGGCAAUCAGCAGUUUUAUUCACAUUCGUUUCCUGGAUGUGUCCAACAACCGCCUUACUGAUCUUUCUCCUCUGGCAUCACUGACCCAGCUACUUUGGCUGAAAGUUGACAGUAAUGCUGUAGCAUGCUUUAAAGGGCAGCCUUUUGCUCAACUGACCUACCUGCAGUGGCUAAAUAUGGCAGUGAACCAACUGACAGAGCUGGAUGGCCUGGUUGGACCUGCCUUAGAGAACCUUAAUCUUACAGGUAACCGUAUUCAGAAACUGAAAGGUCUUCAGAGUUCUUGUUUUGCCAACCUGGUGACUCUAGAGCUGAGGGGAAACCACUUGGAUACCACUGAUGGCAUCAACCUCCCCAACCUGAGGCGAUUAUACCUGGCCCAAAAUGUCAUUAAACGCUUGGAGGGUUUGGAGAGGUUAGAGCGCCUCACCAGCCUUCACCUUCGAGACAACCAGCUAGAUUCUCUAGAUGGCCUCAGCCCCAACAUGAAGUGUCUCCAAUACCUCAAUGUCAGAGGCAAUGCGAUCUUUGAUGAGGGCGGCCUGCAAUCACUUGGGCUUGUGUCAAAAUCUCUGCGAGCUUUGAUCCUCUCUGAGAAUCCACUGGUGGAAACGACAGACUACCGGAUGCAUGUUUUGAUCCUGCUUCCAAACCUGGAGCGAAUUGACAAAGAUCCCAUCAGCGCUGAGGAGAGAAGUGAGGCCUUGGAGAGAAUCAAGGAACGUAAAGAAGAGGAAAUAUCUGAGACAUAAGAGACGGCCAAAAUGAGGAAGUGUUCGACUUCCUGAAAAGAAGGGCUUGGUGUGGAUAGAUGGGGGACUGUUGCACAACAAGUGUUGUAUACCUUUUAUGAUGCAAUGUGUCAUCCAUACAUUGAUGCAUUCAUGUAUUUCAGAUAUAGCUGGUGUCCUGUUCUUACACUAUUGCAGCCAGUCUAUUUUUUCCACAAUAAAUCUUUUUAAAUCAUUAUUUUUCAUGCAAUCACUGAUAUGUACAAAUCCAAACAUGCAAUGUGUUAGUGACUAAGGAAUAUGAAAGGAGGGGCAUUUGAACCUUGUGUGGU